AUGGCUAGCACACAAGCGAACAGUGGAAUAGUGGGAGAACAUGAAGGGGAAACGUUAUCAUUAAAUACAAAUAACAACUUGAAAUACAACUUAAGCAAUGAUGAAAGCUAUAAGAAAUUAAAAGAAGACAAGAAGAGAAUGAAAAAAGAACUGUUAAUUAAAGAUAGCGAAAUAAAUAGCCUAAAAAAAAUUUUAGAUGAAAGAGAUAAGGAUAUGAAAAUGAACUAUGUUCCACUACAUGAAGCUAGAAAAAUUACAUAUAAAGCAUUACGUAAAGGAUCAGCAGCACAAAAAUUUAUAUACUUAAUAGAAAGUAAUAGUAUAAAUUAUAAAUUAAAAAAAAGAGCCAUCAACCAGCUGGUAUUAAACGCAUUCGGGGUUAUGCAUCAUCAAAAAAAUAAGUAUCCUGAAAUUUUAAAAUACACAGACUCUCAUUUAAAAUUAUUUAGACAAGAGCAAUUAAUCCUUUUAGCUGAAAAUGAAAGAUUAACAUUACAGAUGAAGGAAUUAAAGAAACAACUUUUGGAUAACAAAAUUGAUAUUUUAAAAAAAAAUGAAAGUAAUUUAAUAUUGUCUAUGAAGAAGGGUAUAAAGGAUAAAGGAGCAGGAAGAUCAAAUACUACAACCGCAGAAGAUGACAAUUACAUGGAGUUAGACGCAGAUGUUGUAGAAAAAAAUUUUAUAAAUUUAAUAAAGAAUUUUAAAAUAGCACAGCUAAAACUAUUAUUUUAUGCAUUUAGAAAAUUAAGUAACAAUUUAUAUUACAAUGCCGACCCAGUAAAUAUUAGUGCAAGUAUGAUUUCUUCGCUUAAACGUGGUAUAGAUAUCUUAAGCAACAUUAUAAGGUAUAAAAAAGUUAUAUCUAUUUGUUAUGCAUUUUAUAAGUUGCUAACCUAUAACGAUAACAGUUUUGUGUAUAAUAACAAAAGAUAUUCUGAACAGAAUCACAUGCAUCAAUUUGUUAAUCCAAGUUGUUACAUAAAAAAUAGUCAAAAAAAUGGUCAAGGAAUUUCCAACUAUGCUUUUAAGCCCUAUUACUAUGAUAAUUUGCCUAGUGCUACAUAUGACAUACGAAAAAAAAAAUGUUCUUUACCAAGAUUAAAAAAAAAUUGUAUAAUGAAGGACAUAACCAUAAAUGAGGAUAACGCUUAUCAAGUUUUGAAAGCAGACUACGAAUCAAAAUUUGAACCAUUUAUUUCAAGUGGCUAUCGCAUGAAUGCAGUAAAUAAUAGCAUAAAUGAGUAUAUUCAUGCCGGUAAUACUAAUGGUACUAACCACAAAAUUUACAAAAAUUCUUAUUUCGAUUUAGGGAUAAAUAAAAACGAUAACGACGACUUCGAGAAGCGCACCUGUUACAGUGACUUAGACUUUGAUUACCUUGCUGAAUUCAGUAACUAUGACAAGAAGAAGCUCAUAGACAUGUUUAUAUCAGAGACGUCGAAAAGGUGA